AUGAGAGUGUGUGCUCUGCGUCUGGUCUGUGACUCUCCCUUGGAUGUGGAGGAGGAGCUGUGCUCUUCUCUGUGUCAGGUUGUGUCUGUUACUCGGUCUGCCCCAACCUCUGGUGUCACAACCUGCACCAUUGAACCCCUGCUAUGCGCUGCCAUCCUCGACUCUGUCCUGCGACAGACAAGUGUCCUGUUUAUUUUUACUAUUUUCUACAUUGUAGAAUAAUAGUGAAGACAUCAAAACUAUGAAAUAACACAUAUGGAAUGAUGUAGUAACCCAAAACGUUUUUUGAGAUUCUUCAAAUAGCCACCCUUUGCCUUGAUGACAGCUUGCACUCUUGGCAUUCUCUCAACCAGCUGGAAUGUUUUUCCAACAGGCUUGAAGGAGUGCCCACAUAUGCUUAGCACUUUUGGCUGCUUUUCCUUCACUCUGCAGUCCGACUCAUCCCAAACCAUCUCAAUUGAGUUGAGGUCGGGGGAUUGUGGAGGCCAGGUCAUCUGAUGCAGCACUCCAUCACUCUCCUUCUUGGUAAAAUAGCCCUUACACAGCCUGGAGGUGUAAGGGCUAUCUUCAGUAUACCCCCCCCCCCCCCCCCCCCCGUCUGUCUUCACUAUUAUUAUACAAUGUAAAACAUUUUAAAAAAUAAAGGAAAACCCUUGAAUUAGUAGGUGUGUCCAAACUUUUGACUGGUAGUGUAUGUACUACAUAAAAUAUUAUAACUCAUAUCCUAUGAAUUUGAAGUACAUUACCCUACUUACAUUUCUUUGACUGUCUUUUGCCAUCUCUGCAGACGUUUCAGGCCUGCUGCAAAGCCUGGAGCAACGUGUUCAGGCUUUGGCCAACACCAGCGACCCCUUGUCGUUGGGCUUUAGUGCUGGUUCGGCAGGAGAGCUGGUGAAGGUUCACAGCCGCACCCUGAACACCCUGCUUCAAGACUCCCAGAAGCCCUUUGGCAGGGUCAGGAGCACCAACGAGCUGACCCACCCUGCUCUGCUGCCAGACUUCACCCAGGCCCGGGACUGACUACUGGUCCUGAAGGACAGCCUGGGAUGCAAGGAUGACAUCAGGGUCGUGAGUGUAGGAGCUCCAUCCCUGGGCCCCUACGCAACUUCCUCCAGGCAGAGUGGGACGGCAGAGUGGUUUCCUCCCUGCACUUUGAGCUCAACCAGUCCACGCGAAACAGCAAGCCUACCAUCUCCUCUCUCCUGACUCUCUCAAGCCUGUUCCGCCUAGAGAGGAGAGCAGUGCUGCUCAAGGCGUACCCAUGUGAUGAGGCCACCAGUGGUCCAUCCAAUGCCUACCGCCUGUCUGCCUUCUCCAACGCCAGGGGCUUUCAGGGCACGUUAAUCAGGGAGGCUGCCAAUGCUAAGCAGAGGGACAUCAGCAACAUCUUCCCCUGA